GUCGGGAUCGAAAUCCUUAUUCCUGCAUCGUACUUUCAUUUUCACAAAGCUAAAAGUAAGGAUUCCAAGGAAGACACUCUUUGCAUGUCCACGCACACAUUUUUUCCUUGUUCAUACAUGUAAGAUGGGGGAUGACAAAGUACGGGCUAUUUGUGAUGAAUUCUGGGAAUGGAGAAUGCGGCAAAGCCCUGAGUUUGCCUCAUACUACGGAGACCAGAGAUAUUGUCAUUUAUUGGAUGAUAUUGAUACAGAGGCCUUUCUGGGUUUUGAGAAAGAUGUGUCUAAGCUGCUAAAAAAGACCAAGGAGAUUGAGAUAAAGGAUCUGUCAAAGCCUGCCAGAAAUGAUCUUCUGCUUGUAAAGGACCAGUUACAAACAUUCUUAGAUGGAAUAAAGCAUAAAGGUUGGUAUUUUCCAGUCAACUUUAUGGAAGGUAUCCAUGCAGAUAUUCCUAAGGUCAUUAGUAUGUGUCCAACUAAAACAGAGGAAGAUUUCCAAAAUUUGAAUAAAAGAAUAGAACAUUAUGGGAAAAAAGCCAGAACGUGUAUACAGAUUUUAAAGGAAGGCGUGAAGAGUGGCUAUGUUUGCCAUCAGUAUUCAGUGGAGGCGGUGCCGGGGCAAAUAAGUGAGAUGAUCAAUGCUGAACUGACUCCAGAAAAAGAUGCUUUUCUCUCUCCGUACACAAAAGUUCCUGAAGGUGUUAUGGAGCCCUCUACAUGUGAUAAACUCUUGCAGGAAGCAAAAGAAGUUGUCCAGACCACCGUUAGACCUGCAUUCAAGGAAUUGGCUGAGUACAUACAAAACGACUAUUUGAAACACACCCGCCCCAGUAUAGCCCAUUCCUCUCUCCCAGACGGCAAGGCUCUGUAUCAGUCCUGUCUAGACUUUCAUCUGUCACUGUCGAUGACCCCCAAGGAAGUCUUUGACCUUGGCAAGGCAGAGGUAGAGAGAAUCACAGAGGCAAUGAAGAAGAUCACCCAGGAAGAGGGCUUUGGAUCAGAUAUAUUGAAAUUCAAAGAAGCCAUUGCCAAGAGGGAUGAAUUCUACUUCAAAACUUCUGAAGAGCUUCUGACAUAUGUCAAGCAUGUGUGUUAUGAAAAAAUUCAAAACAAGUUGCCAUUAUUAUUCAAGGAGUUUCCAAGCUCAAAACUCAGCAUCGAGCCUCAGUCAUCUCUGAUGGGCAAUGGCCCCAUGGCUUUCUACUUCUGUGGGUCUCCGGAUGGCACUAGACCUGGUGUGUUCUAUAUAAAGGUCACUAACCUAGAGGGAAGUCCUAAAUAUGAACUACCAGCAUUAUGCUUGCAUGAGGGAGAGCCAGGACAUCAUUUUCAGGGAAUGACUGCGAUGGAAAUGAAAGAUAUUCAUAGCUUCAGGACAACACAAGAGGACCUGAACUAUGCCUGGGUGCCCUCCAGAUUUCCAUUGUAUACUGCAUAUUUGGAGGGCUGGGGGCUGUACUGCGAAUACCUCGGAGAAGAACUCGGAUUAUAUGAGGAUAACUAUGCUCUAUUUGGCAGAUAUUGUAUGGAGAUGAUGAGGGCGGUUCGAUUGGUUGUGGAUACAGGAAUUCAUGCUUUUAACUGGACAUACGAGGAGGCUCUGAAGUACAUGGAAGAGAAGACGUUCAUGCACACCAAAGAAAUGGAGGUUGAAUGUAAAAGAUACAUAACUUUACCAGGACAGGCAUGUGCCUACAAAGUUGGUGAAAUCAAGCUGAAACAGUUGAGACAAAAAGCCAGUCAAGCUUUAGGUGACCGCUUCGACGUCAGGGAUUUUCAUUCCGUGGUUUUGAAAUGUGGGGCUGUGCCACUGAAUUUUCUGGAACAACAAGUAGAUGACUACAUCAAAGAAACUCUGGCAACCUGAGAACUGUGUCCAGACCUAGCAUACACUACCCACCAUAAAUAAGUAGAGACACAUAAGCAAAAUACACGUUUUGGAAUGAAAUAUAUUCGAUAUAAUGAAAAAGAAUUGAAUUCACUGUGCAUAACUUUCAAUUUAUCUCAGUAAAAUAAUUAUUUAAGGGUACAACUUCAAUACAUGUGAAACAAUAAUGAUCAUUCAGUAUUUUGGCUUAGUCUGUUUUGUAAUAUUGAUUUAUUUAAGGUGAAAAAUCAGAAGAUCUUAUAAAAGUACAUAUUAAAUACACAAUGAUAUGUAUUAAAUAAGGAUUAAUUUGAAAUGGUUUCAAAAUUAAAGUUUGCGUGAUAUCUCUUUUUAGAAAAUUCAAAAAUUCAGAAAGUAAAUUAUUUUGAUAAAAAAAAAUAAGGAUAUAAAAAGUUAAAAGCCCAAUGUUAUCUAUCUAUAUAUGAGUUAUGUAUUUCACAUAGAAAAAUCUGAAUCUGAUGUAAACCAUAUUUUGCAUGCUCAAGUAACUUAUUUUUGUGAGUGUAUACUUAUUUAUGGUGGGCAGUGUAUAUGUCAUACAGUGCCUAAUCAGGACUCAUGAUUAUCUCAGUGAUUCAUUUUAAUAUCCAUUUUCUCUGUGAUAUGUGAUAUCAUUUAGGAAUUCAUUUAUUUGAUAUGAUUUCAUUAAUUUCAUUGUUGUAACAUUUUGCUUGUGCUCGUAUUCCUAUCAAUGCUUAUUAUAUAGCUAUCAGUGCUAUUAAAUAGUUAUCAAUGCUUGUUAUAUACAUGUAGCUAUCAGUGCUAUUAAAUAGUUAUCAAUGCUAUUAUAUAGAUAUCAGUGCUAUAAAAUAGUUAUCAGUGCUAUUAUAUAGCUAUCGUACUAUUAAAUAGUUAUCGAUGUUUGUUAUAUAGCUAUCGUGCUAUUAAAUAGGUUUUCAAUGCUUAUUAUAUAGCUAUCAGUGCUAUUAAAUAGUUAUCGAUGCUUGUUAUAUAGCUAUCAUGCUAUUAAAUAGGUUAUCAAUGCUUAUUAUAUAGCUAUCAGUGCUAUUAAAUAGUUAUCGAUGCUUGUUAUAUAGCUAUCGUGCUAUUAAAUAGGUUAUCAAUGCUUAUUAUAUAGCUAUCAGUGCCAUUAAAUAGUUAUCAAUGCUAUUGUUUAAGCUAUCCAUGCUAUUUUAUAACUAUAAUACAUGAACUUAUAUAUUAUGUGGAGGCAUCAUUUAUAGUAAAAGAAAAAGCUA